AUGGUCGAGGGACCGGCGAAACCGAAACAACAAUUUGAAGGUAAUACCAAAAACAGGAGUCAUGAAGGUCCUACAAGGAAGAUGAGAAAUGAAGAGGAGUCUCAUAAGCCGCAAGAAAAGCAAAAAGUCAGGCUUCCUAAGCUGAAUAUUGGACUGGGAGAACUUUUUAAGAAGAUUAAAGACUUGUUGCCCAUCCCGAAGUCACUACCAGUGGAAACAAGGGAUAAGAGAGAUAAUAAUAAAUAUUGUGAUCAUCACAAUGAUCAUGGUCAUAAUACGGAUACUUGUCGUGCACUCGCAACAAAAGUCCAAAAGAUGAUUGAAGAGGGAAAGCUGCAGCAAUAUGUGAAGAAGAAUCCGACACAAGUCAACACACUGGCCAACACUCUAGAUUUACGAGAGAUUAGAGUGAGCCACGCAAUAGUUAACACAACUUCGAGAAAGGCUCAAGAGAAUGCUACACGGUUGAAGUUACGUCAUAUUAACGAUUGGCGAGUAUCGAACAAGGUCGAUUAUGCCAGUCUAAUUGGUACGGAGACCUUGGAAGAGGGGAAGACUGAGAUUUCUUUUUCGAACGCUGAUCUUGUUGGAGUAUAUCAACCACAUAAUGAUGCAAUCGUGAUUCUAGCUCUCAUUGGGAUGUAUAAGGUAUGUCGAGUUCUGGUUGAUACUGGAAGUUCAAUUAGCGUCAUAUUCUCGGGAGAAUACUCUUCAAUGAAUUUGAGCGAGAGGAAAGUUGAAGCAGAUGAUAACCCUAUCAUUGGAUUUAGUGGGUAA